GAGCUCAACGGAUCCAGUAGGUCACGAGGUGAUCUGGGCAUUAGGGGCCGGCUGCAGAGACAUCAUCUCCCUCCAGGUGGCACCGUUACAUCCAUGCCAACAGCCUACGCGUUUCAGUAACCGGUGCCUGCAGAUGAUUGGACGAUGCUGGCCUCACCUGAGGGCGCUGGGCGUCGGGGGAGCUGGCUGCGGGGUGCAAGGGCUGUCCUCGCUGGCUCGGAACUGCAUGCGUCUGCAGGUGCUCGAGCUGGACCACGUGACGGAGAUCAACCAAGAGGUGGCAGCGGAGGUCUGCAGGGAGGGCCUGAAGGGACUGGAGAUGUUGGUUUUAACUUCCACGCCGGUCACACCAAAAGCCCUGCUGCAUUUUAACAGUGUCUGCCGCAACCUGAAGUCCAUUGUGGUGCAGGUUGGCAUCGCGGAUUACUUCAAGGAUCCAAGCAGUACUGAAGCCCGAAAGCUGUUUGAGGAGAUGGUCAAUAAGUUGCAGGCUCUUAAGAAGAGGCCGGGCUUCUCGAAGAUUCUGCACAUUAAAGUGGAGGAAGGCUGCUAAUCCCGCCUGAUAGGAAAUAGACUUUGUGAUCCUCGAGCCUCCUCCGACACCUAGACCGAACCGUCUCCUCAUGAGAAGUGCCACCAAGACCCAUUGCCAAAAACCUGCUUCCGAGAAAGUGUCUUUGUAACACCUGACUACAGCAGUGCAAUAGAGGGACACGCCCCUUGACGUGGGGCUCCUCCCUUGGUGCC